AUGGGUGGAGUUGAGUUUGAAGGCACUGUUGACCCUACAGAUGCCGAGCAGUGGUUGGAACGGAUUGAAAUAGUUUUUGAGCAAUUAGAGUGUUCAGACGCUGCCAAAUUUAAGUAUGCUGUCUCAUUGUUACAAAAAGAUGCCUAUGAUUGGUGGUAUGUCCCACCUGCUUAUCAUGAUGCAAAGAAAAAAGAGUUCUUAAAUUUAGAGCAAGGGGGUAUGUCUAUCGCUGAAUAUCAACAGAAGUUUCUCAGGCUAUCUCGUUAUGUUGGGGGUAUUAUUAAUAACGAAAAAGAUAAGUGUAGGCGAUUCGAAGACGGUUUGAAUGAUUCUAUCAGAAAAUCUGUGGCGGUCCUACAACAUGAAAACUUUUAUAAAUUAGUUUCAGCUGCUCUCACUUGGGAAAGGGUCGACAAGGAACAAGCUAGUAGAAAUGAACACAAGUUCAGGAAAGCUGAUGCAGAUUCAAGAGGUCCAUCAAAAAAGGGAAGGUUUGACAGUUCCAAAGCUAAUACUGUUCGCAAGUUAGCCCAACAUAAGCAAAAUAAAUCAAGUUCCUCUACUGCCAGCACUCCAAGCUAUGGCCAAGUGAAGGAUUGUCCUAAUUCUAACCCCACUUCUUCUCCGCGUACGGAAGACUCGAUUCAAAAACCUCUUACCACUCCCUCUCAAGGUAAUAGAGGUGCAAGAUCUAGAAACACACAAGCAACAGGUGCAGGUGGAGCCAACCAAGCUAGUGGGUCAAGAGCUACAGCACGACCUUAUGCGAUGAGACAGAGGGAUGACCAAGAUGGAGCAGAUGUGGUUGUUGGUAAAUUUCACUUAUUCGGCUUAUGUGUUGUUACAUUAUUUGAUCCUGGUUCUACACAUUCCUAUGUUUGCUCAUCAUUGGCUUUUCCUGACAACGUGAAAUCUGUGAGACUUGAUUGUGGUGUGCUUGUCCAAAGUCCUUUGGGUCAACAAGGCGUUUGCGAUCAAAUCUAUCGGGAUUGUCCCUUAGUGAUUCAAAAUCUAGUCUUCCAUGCUGAUUUGAUUGAAAUGCCUUUCCAAGACUAUGAUGUCAUUAUCGGUAUGGAUUGGCUUUAUAGAUAUCAUGCGCUAGUUGAUUGUAGGUCGAAGCAUGUGACCUUUAGAGCUCCUUCACUUUCACACAUCAUUGUUCAAGGUGAAAGAUCAUUGACAUCUAAUAUUAUCUCCGCGGUUGUGGCAAGGAAGAUGAUCAGACAGGGUUGCGAAGCUUAUCUUGCUCAUAUAUUUGAUACACACCUGGAAAUUCCAAGCCUUAAGGAGAUACCAGUGGUGUGUGAAUUUCCUGAUGUCUUCCCUGAAAAUCUCCCCGGACUGCCCCCGGAAAGGGAGGUUGAAUUUCCUAUAGAGGUUAUUUCUGGAACUACUCCUAUUUCUAUAACGCCUUAUCGAAUGGCUCCAGCAGAAUUGAAGGAGUUGAAAAAUCAAUUGCAAGAACUCCUUGAGAAAGAUGUCCCUAAAACUGCCUUUAGGACUCGAUAUGGCCAUUAUGAUUUUUUGGUGAUGCCAUUUGGGUUGACGAAUGCUCCUGCGGCAUUCAUGGACCUGAUGAAUCGCGUGUUUAAGCCUUAUCUUAAUCAAUUUGUGGUGGUCUUUAUAGAUGAUAUCUUAAUAUAUUCCAAGAAUAGUGAAGACCACAGAAAGCACCUUCGAAUUGUUUUGCAAACUUUGCAAGAGAAAAAGCUUUAUGCUAAGCUUUCCAAAUGUGAAUUUUGGCUUAGUGAGGUGGCUUUUCUGGGACAUAUUGUGUCGGCGGAAGGUGUGAAGGUGGAUCCUAGUAAGAUUCAAGCUAUUGUCGAAUGGAAACCACCUAAAAGUCCAACUGAAGUAAGGAGUUUCUUGGGCUUAGCGGGAUACUAUAGAAGGUUUGUCAAAGGCUUCUCCAUUAUAGCCUCUCCUUUGACUAAAAUCUUGAGAAAGGAUGUCAAGUUUGUAUGGGAUGACAAAUGCCAGGAGAGUUUUGAAAACCUCAAAUCCUUAUUGACACAAGCUCUUAUACUUACUCUACCAACGGAAAGAAAAGAAUAUGUGAUAUAUAGUGAUGCUUCUCAUCAUGGUUUGGGUUGUGUCCUGAUGCAAGAAAGGAAAGUGGUUGCGUAUGCCUCCCGAAAAUUGAAAACACAUGAAUUGAACUAUCCUACUCAUGACCUUGAGCUCGCUGCCAUAGUGUUUGCUUUGAAAAUUUGGAGGCAUUACUUAUAUGGCGAAAAGUGUCACAUAUUUACUGAUCACAAGAGUUUGAAGUACUUGGGUACACAGAAAGAGUUGAAUUUGAGGCAACGUAGAUGGCUUGAACUCAUUAAAUAUUAUGACUGCACGAUUGAUUAUCAUCCGGAAGCUUUGGGCACUAGGUUGAACUUUAGUGCUUCCUUCUAUCCUCAGACAGACGGCCAGUCCGAGAAGGUGAUUCAAAUUUUGGAAGAUAUGCUUCGAGCUUGCAUUAUGGAAUUUGAGGGUAGUUGGGAUAGACACCUAGCAUUGAUAGAGUUCGCUUACAAUAAUAGCUACCAAUCAAGUAUUGGCAUGCCUCCCUACGAAGCCUUAUAUGGGAGAAAGUGUAGGACUCCCCUUUGUUGGAGUGAAGUCGGUGAAAGGAAAUUGGUUGGUCCUGAGAUUGUCCAACGAACUGAGAAUAAAGUAAAAGUCAUCAAGGAUCGUCUAAAAAUUGCUUCGGAUAGACAAAAAUCUUAUGCUGAUCUAAAAAGGCGUGAAAUUGAGCAUCAAGUGGGAGAUAAAGUAUUUUUAAAGGUUUCUCCAUGGAAGAAGAUUAUGAGAUUUGGCCAAAAAGGAAAACUUAGUCCUCGAUUUAUUGGGCCAUAUGAAGUACUAGAGCGGGUUGGACCAGUUGCAUAUAAAUUAGCUCUUCCACCGGAGUUGGAUAGGAUCCAUAAUGUCUUCCAUGUUUCUAUGCUUAGAAGAUAUCGCUCAGAUCCAUCUCAUGUUCUUCCUGUUGAAUCCAUAGAUGUCAGCCCUGACUUGACAUACGAAGAAGAACCCAUCCAAAUCUUGGCGCGUGAGACAAAAGAGCUUCGAAACAAAAAAGUUCCAUUAGUAAAAGUCCUUUGGAGAAAUCAUUCUGGCAAAGAGGCUACCUGGGAGCGAGAAGAGGAUAUGCGAAUUCAAUAUCCACAGUUGUUUUGA